AUUGGAUUUUUGUGGGCAGGGAGAGGAUUCUGGAGCUUGAGGGGGCAGGGCACCAGCGAUCCUUUGCCACACAUGUUCUCCCUCCACAUAAAAACACCAUUUGACGUUUUGCAGGGACCAUAGUGUAGAGAGAGAGAGAGGCUCUUUAUUAUAUCACCUCAAUAUGGAUCAAAUGAAGAUUCAUUUCAUGAGUUGUCGCUGUGAUUGUGAAGAGUUUGAAAACAGAGGAGAACAACAUUAUUCAAGCAAGAAGAAAGAGAGAAGAAGGGCCAACAAGAAAAGAAAAGCUGAAUUGUCAGUUUAUUCUCUGCAAACGUGCGGCCUAAGUAACAACAACACAUGUCGAACUACGGAGUGAAAGAGCUCACAUGGGAAAAUGGGCAACUAACGGUCCAUGGUCUAGGCGAAGGAGGAGUCGAACCAACGACCUCAGCUAACCUUUUAUGGACCCAAGCUCUCAACGGGUGUGAGACUUUAGAGUCUGUGGUCCACCAGGCGGCUCUGCAGCCAAGCAAGAUGCAGCAGCUGCAGGACCACAACAACUCCGAGAGCAAGGACGGAUCCUGUUCAAGAAAACGCGGUUAUCCCCAAGAAAUGGACUAUUGGUUCUCUCCUCAAGAAGAUAGCCAUAGAGUUGGUCACAGCGUGACUGCAAGUGCCAGCGGUACCAACAUGUCUUGGGCUUCUUUUGAGUCUGGUCGUAGCUUGAAGACGGCUAGAACCGGAGACAGAGACUAUUUAUUCUCUGGAUCGACUUUACAGGAAACCCAAGAAACUGAAGGAGAUGAACAAGAGACUAGAGGAGAAGGUGGGAGAUCUAAUGGAAGAAGGGGACGAGCCGCAGCUAUUCACAACGAGUCUGAAAGGAGACGACGUGAUAGGAUAAACCAGAGGAUGAGAACACUUCAGAAGCUGCUUCCUACUGCAAGUAAGGCGGAUAAGGUGUCCAUCCUGGAUGAUGUAAUAGAACACUUGAAACAGCUACAAGCACAAGUUCAGUUUAUGUCCUUAAGAGCCAACUUGCCACAACAGAUGAUGAUGCCACAACUGCCUCCACCACAAUCAGUUCUCAGCAUCCAGCACCAACAACAACAACAACAGCAGGUGCAGCAGCAACAACAACAACAACAGCAGUUUCAGAUGUCUUUACUUGCAACAAUGGCGAGAAUGGGAAUGGGAGGCGGUGGCAAUGCUACUUAUGGAGGUUUAGUUCCUCCUCCACCACCACUGAUGAUCCCUCCUAUGGAUAACAGAGACUGCACCACCAAUGCUUCUUCAUCUUCUUUAUCUGAUCCCUACAGUGCUUUUCUCGCACAGACAAUGAACAUGGAUCUAUAUAACAAAAUGGCUGCAGCUAUCUACAGACAACAGUCUGAUCAGACUACAAAGGUAAAUACAGGCAUGCCCUCAAGUUCUACUAAUCACGAGAAAAGAGAUUAGUCCCCACCUGAGUACUAGUAUGAACAUUUGUUGUUAUCUUGAUUGUAAAAACAAAAAGAAAUGUAUUUUUGAGAGUGAUGGUAAAAACACUUGUAGAGAUAAAACUUGAAAGCUUUACAACUUCCUCUUCAGUUCAGUUACUGUCAAGAUACAUAUAUAAGUCUUUUUAUGUUAUUCCAAGAACAGCAACAUGACAAUUAAUAAA